UUGAGUUGUUUGGGAUCAUGGGGGAUUUUGUAGUGAGGAAUUUGUUUCCUGUGCUGGUGUUAGUUGGAGCUGUUUGUUGCUUUGAAACUUGGCAACAGCUACUGAGCCAGAGGUUUCCAUGGAGAAUAGUGAGAGCCACCCCUGUGCUUGAGAGAGUCCCUCCUCAUGGGUCUCCCAUUGGUUCCAGUUUCAGAAUGUCUGAGGGUGGGAGUGUGUCUCCACUGCAGACUGUGAUGGUACAGUGUGGAGAGCACAACCUGCUGGUCAGGGCACAGUUGGAUUUAUUUGGAACCAGGCACCUGAUUAAAGCUGCUGACCUGACCCUGGGGACAGCAGGUUGUCGGCCAACCAGGAUCGACCCUGAGAACCACACUGUCCUCUUUGACUAUGGCCUGCAUGAGUGUGGUAGCAGCUUGCAGAUGACUGGAGAUUUCCUGAUCUACACCACCCACCUGACCCACAUCCCAAACUAUGCUGGAUCUGUCAUUGUGAGAACCAACGGAGCUGUCAUUCCCAUUGUGUGUCGUUAUUUGAGGAAGGGCAAUGUGAGCAGUAACCCCAUCAAACCCACCUGGAUCCCAUUCAGCUCCACCAGGUCUGGAGAAGGGCAUCUGGCAUUCUCCCUGCGUCUAAUGAAUGGUAUGUGA